AUGGCGCCAGGGCACGACCCACGGACCAGUCCGCACCGAUUCAUCAAGCAGGAACACGAGCCAGGGAAAGGAAGGCCGCGGGAAGACUCCGAGGACAAGGACGCCGACUUGCUAGAUGACGACGGGGCUGACGGUGAAGAUGGCAAGGCCGGCUCAUCCAAUUCCGACGGUGGUCCCGCGCGGAAGAGGCGGAGGAGUCGCAAGGGCCUGGACAAGAAAUUCGAGUGUCCUCAAGAAGGGUGCGGGAAAAGUUAUUCGAGAGCAGAGCAUUUAUACCGACAUCAGUUGAAUCACACGCCCAAGCAGAUCUAUGCCUGCGACUUUCCCGACUGCAGUCGCACGUUUGUUCGACUUGAUCUGUGCAAUCGCCACAGGGACCGCCAUACGGCCAAGGGCUCGACGUUGAACCGCAAGGACUCCAUGAUGAGCCACAUCUCGCCCACAACUGACCGACCUCCUUACCCGCUACCGGGGUCCGCAUCCCCAGAGAUCAGCCGGCCGAGCACCGGCUUCGCUCAUGUGCGACAGAGCCAAAUUCAAUACCAGUCUCCCAAGGAUGCCACCGGAAGCCCAUUUGCACAGGCAACGCAUACACCUCCCGCCGGGUAUUCUAUGGGCGCGCCGCAGAGCAUGGACGGCUACCUGCACCAUGAGGCUGGUUACGGAAACAUCCAGGCGCAUCGGCCUCCGCAUCAGUCUCCAAACAACGGACAACGUCCAACUGUACAGACGAACGGGCCAUACAUGUCUCCAGUUUCCAACCAACAUGGAUACCACAGUCAGCAGCAUGGCACCCCGCAGUCCGCAACCUACACUACUCAGCAAAACUUUCCGCCUUUCAACCUACCACCUUCCGACUUCUCCAAUGGCGCGGGUAACGUACCCCGCGAAGGAGGCCAGCCGUACGCACCGACCACUUCGGCCGAGUACUCAGAACAAGGGCAUCUCCAGCAAUCAGGCGAGAUGAUGUUGCUUGAUCAGAUGUCGAUGCCGGGGACGAUUCCCGUCUUCGGGACAGACAGCAUCUUGAGCAAGUCCCCGUAUGUCACAAUCCCGGAAGACUUCGUUGCCUACCUGUUCAACACACAACAAGGAGAGGGAUCUCCUAUGGGGCAGAUCGUGCCCCCUCAGUACGCAAACAACUACGGAGAAUAUCAAAACUCAUACAGCGUUCCAUACGUGGGCACAGAUGGAGUGCCCAUGGGCUACUUCCCGUCUGGCUCCCAUCAGGUCAUGGCGGUCAACAACUUGCUCGAUCAAAAUCUCCCGGAAGCCACCAUCUCCGAAGAGAAGAGUCAGGAGAUAUACGACUUCAUCAACCAGAGGUUUCACGAGAACGACCAGGCCCCCGCGCUGCGGCAGCGCGACAGCAUUCUGGAAGGCGAUCGGACCGAUGGCGACCAUAUGCUCAGCAAGCGGAUGAUGCAGGCCUACAUUGGGUCGUACUGGGUUCACUUCAGUGACCAGAUCCCCAUCCUUCACAAACCAACAUUCUCUCCUGACCGAACACCCAACCUUCUGCUCCUCGCAAUGAUGACGAUCGGUGCAGCUUGUCUUGACAAGACGCACGGACAGAAGGUCACCAAGGCCGGUGCACAAUUGUCCAAUUUCCUGGCGUGGCACCUUCGAUGGGAGAUCUUCAUGGACCCCAACUUCCGGCCACCUGCAAAACUGUGGGUGUUCCAGACGCUCCUGCUGCUUGAGCUGUAUGAAAAGAUGUAUUCGACUAGAGAAUUGCACGAGCGAGCUCACAUUCAUCACGCGACAACAAUCACUCUCAUGCGCCGUGGGAGGUCACUCAUUGGCAAGUCGGCCCUGGACUCGCCGCCAAACCCUAGAGACGACAAGAACAGCUCGAGGCAGUCUUCGGCGUCUGGUGUAGCACACACUGCCGACGAGUGGUGGAACCAUUGGAUCACCAACGAGUCGACGAGGCGAGCUGCUUUCGCGGCCUUCGUUAUAGACUCGAUCCACGCAACCAUGUUUGGCCAUUCCACCGUCAUGGUGACACAUGAGAUGAGACUUCCGUUGCCCUGUGACGACGCCCUUUGGAAAGCAAACAGCGGUGCAGAAGUCGGGCGGAUCGAAUCCAACAUCAUGUCCAACGGUAUCAAGCCAAUAUCCUUCCUCGAGGGUCUCAAGAGGACUCUUAGCGGCCAAGGGGUGCAGACCAACCCGUUCGGCCGCAUGGUCCUGAUGGCUGGGCUGCUCAGCGUGAGCUGGCAUAUGAAUCAGAGAGACCUUCAGGUCAAUGUGCUUGGCGGCGGUGUCUCUCAAGCGCUAGGCGGACGGGAUAAAUGGAGAGGCACGCUUACCCGGGCGUUCGAUGCUUGGAAGGAAGAUUUCGACAAGUCACUGACGAGAAACGAGGGCUCUGCAGAUCCAUACCGGUACGGUUCUGGGAAAAAGAACGAGGCCAACGUCGUUUUCGAAAGCCGCACGGUACUGCAUCACCUUGCUCACAUGGCAAUGCAUGUCGACAUUGUCGAUUGCCAGAUUUUUGCCAGGGCAAAGCGGCUGUUGGGAAGGGCCAUCGGGCAGCAGGAUCUCAAUAGCGCCCAAAGAAGGAUGAGAGAUCUGUGGGCGCCAUCUGCGAAGGCUCGAGAUGCGACCUACUACGCUCUAAAGUUCCUUGCUUCGGUUCUCAUGCCUGACGGCGGAGGCUCACCGCAGUCGAAUGUUUUCAAUUACGACGAGCCUUAUACGGCUCGAGACGAUGUCCUCUUGAACAGGCCUUGGGUGUUAUACUUCGCCGUGCUGGUCGUCUGGUGCUACGGAUUCGCUCUCGAAGGACCAUGUCCCGGAGUUCCCUCGCCGACUACGAAGCAGGAACAGGUGCUACAGAUGAGGGACUAUCUGAUGAAGUACGGCGGCGUUUCCUCGCCAGAAGAGCUCAAAUCUAUGAAGGGCAUCAACACCAAUACGGCGCUUUUGCUUGUGCUGAAGGAUUCAUUCGAGACGACACGGUGGGAGUUGCUUCACGAAGGAGCCAACUUGCUGAACAACUGCCUCCAACUGAAUUCUGGAGCCACAGCGUAA